GCCAGACUUUAUCUGUCUCUGAUCAGUGCCUGAUUGGCCUGCAAACCCCGGACAGCACCAAUUGACCAAUUCAUAUUCCAGAAAGCUUCUCUAUCUCGGCAAACCCACCGGAAUCCGGGGUCUGAUGGGCCGGUUAGCCGAGCCGAAGGAUCCCGUGGUCCACACUCCCACUUUUCAGGUCAGCUCCGUUUCAUCCCGAUACACUUGCACCCCGAGAUCGGUUGGAAGGCGAUGAUGAGAGCAUUACGGAUGCUCCAUCGCAUCUAAGCGAGUUUCCACCCGUACGGUAGCCCCUUAAGCUUAAGCUUUCGUUUCCCACCCGCCCGUCAGACCUUAUCUCUUCUAUCUCUGCCCCUUGACACAUUCCGUGCCAGUCACCUAUCGCUGCUAUCUCUGCUAUCUUGUGUCUGUCUGCGUCAAAUGGCGGUGCCCUAUCUCCCCGAGUACGAGCAGGAGGAGACGGCGAUGCACCUCCCCCCGGCGACGCCGCACCAUCUCCGGGAGCAUGGUCUAGAACCGGCCAACUCGCCCUUCGCGGGCCGCAUCGGCGCCAACCAGGACUUCGUGCUGGACCGCAGCGACCCCAAGAACCUGGCGGAGCUGGACCGGGUGCCCGACGCGGCGCCGUGCAUGAACGCGCGGGAGAUCUUCGAUCUGCGCGGCUUCCUGUCGCCGGAUCUGUGGAAGUUCGCCAUGUUGGAGUGUGUUGCCAGCAUGCUGAACACCUUCAUCUCGGCCUGGGUGACCACGCACCCGUACGCGCCCAUGACCGCCUCGACGGCGGCCUCCGGCGUCUACGGGACCGUGACCUUCUUCUCCCCGGCCUUCGGCGGCCUGACCAACCUCCUCCUCACGCCGCUGCUGAUCUACACCUUCUCCCCGAGCUCGGGCGGGCACAUCAACCCCCUGAUCACGCUGGCCACGUUCUUCGCGCGCAUCAUCUCCUUCCCGCGCGCGGUGCUCUACAUCCUCGGCCAGACGCUGGGCGGCGCGCUGGCCGGGUUCGCGCUGCACGCCGCCUUCGGCGACCGCCACAUCACGGUGGGCGGGUGCUACAUCGACACGACCCAGGUGCCGGUCACCAGUGGGCUGGUGAUUGAGUUCUUCGCCUGCUUGAUCAUCGUCUGGCUGUGUUUUGGGGUCGCGUUGGAUCCCCGCCAGGCCAAGGUGUUUGGGCCGGCCGUGGGGCCGUGGUUGGUCGGUGUGGUGGUCGGGGUCAUCACGUGGGGCACCUCGUUUACGCGCACGGGGUAUAUUGGGGCGAGCGUUAAUCCGGCCCGGUGUUUUGGGGCGUACGUGGCUUCCGAGUUUCCCGGGUAUCAUUGGAUUCAUUGGGUCGGUCCGCUGGCGGCCUCGGUGGCGCACGGGUUCGUGUAUUUCGUGGAUCCCCUGUGGAAGGAUCCCCGAUCCAAGUCGUGAUUCAUGAGACAGGGCUUGCGGAUCGUGUACAGUAUAUGUAUAUAUCGUGUCUAUUAGCGUGUCGGUGCAUCUCUUCAAUGCUUGGCGAGUUUUUGGGUUUGCUUGAAUAAUGAUAUCACAGCACUGGUUGCUGGACUUCGAUUUCAGGGGAUUUGACGGGACUUGAGAUCCUAUGGAGCGAACUAUCGUCUAGAUCGACAAUCCUUUUGGCCGAGCGGUGCAGACGUCCCCACCAGUAUUCGUUCAGGUGUACACCCGUGCUAAGGGGGAUGCCAUACUAUCUUUUAUUCGGAUUGUGGUCAGCAGAUUGAA